CAGGUAGGCAGGAGUAAGAAAAUCUGCACUGGUCGUCCCCUAAGCCCUUCCUCAUGCACCUUUGGGUUCCAAGAAACACCCUGUGAAAUUGGUCCCACGGGUAUUAUCUCCACUGAGGAAUUAAAGCUCAAAUGUCUUAAAACCACACAACUAAGAUUUAACACACUGUUAUAUAAUGGAUAAGACAGGAGACAGUGGUGCCGGACCCAGCUUGAAUUUCCAGUUCUACUAUUAAUUAUUUAUGAGACUUUGACGUGUCACUUAACCUGCUUCCUCCUAUUUAAAUGAGAACAAUGGGCACUCUCUGCACAGUUUCCUCGCCCUCCUCGAAAUGUUCAGCAGACCUUGUGCCGUCUCCAGAAAUCUGACUUGGCUGGACCUCACACAAGCCUGGUCUGGACUUUCCCCUUGGCAUUUUCUCCAAUGCAGAGCCUCCUCUUCCGCUGCAGGGCCGUCUCCAAUGUUCCAGCUGACAGCCACCCCAGCCAGUGCGCUUUCUGAUGAGCCCGUGCACAUCCGAGCCACAGGCCUGCCUCCGUUGCAGCUGGUGACCCUCGCGGCAUCUCUGAGGGAUGAGAAGGGACACCUGUACCGGUCCAAAGCCUUCUACAGGGCUGACGAGGCCGGUGAGCUGGACCUGAAGCAGGCUCCUGCAGUUGGAGGCGACUAUGUGGGGGUCCAUCCCAUGGGCCUCUUCUGGUCUAUGAAGCCUGACAGGCCUUUCGGGAGGCUGCUUAAGAGGGAUGUGAACAGCCCCUUUGUGGUCACUCUGGACUUAUACGACUCAGUUUGCUCCCACGAUUCAGCCACGGCUCAGCCCCGGGCCAGCCAGGUGGUGCAGCGCUGGUUCCGCAGCCCCGGGACGCAGCGGGUGCCCAUCCGAGAAGGCCGCGUGCGGGGAGCCCUUUUUCUCCCUCCAGGGGAAGGCCCUUUCCCAGGAAUCGUGGAUAUGUUUGGGGGUAUAGGGGGUCUAGUUGAAUUCCGAGCCAGCCUGCUGGCUGCCCAUGGCUUUGCAGUCCUGGCAUUAGCAUACUUUGCCUAUGAAGACCUGCCCAAGCUACUGAAGGUGGUGGACCUGGAAUAUUUUGAGGAAGCUGCCAACUUGCUACUAGCUCAUCCCAAGGUCCGAGGGCCAGGCAUCGGAGUGCUUUCCGUGAGCAAAGGUGCAGAGAUCGGGCUGGCCAUGGCCUGCUUCCUGAAGCAGGUGGUCGCCACCGUCUGCAUCAAUGGGCCUACUGCCCUCUAUGACUUUCCGUUCAGGUACAGGGGUCUGGUUAUGUCACCCAUUCCCUCGUUUCUGGAGCUGAUGCGGGUGCACGUCUCAGGGGCUGUGAGCCUCCUCCACUACAGGGGGGACCCCCGGGAGAAGCUGAAUCAGCGGAGCGUGUUUCCUAUCGAAAAGGCCCAGGGUCAGAUCCUCUUCAUUAUAGGAGAGGAUGACCAAUCGAUCAAUAGCAAAGAAUAUGCUAAGCAGGCCCUGGAGCAGCUGAAGAGCCAUGGGAGAAGCAAUGGAAGGAUGCUGCUCUACCCAGGGGCAGGCCACCUUCUAGAGCCGCCCUAUGCACCCCUGUGCUACGCAUCCCGUAUUUACUCCAUUUCCGCUCUUCUUAAUAACCUUAUUUCCCUUUCCUAUAAUUACUCCUUUACUCAACCCCUGCUCUGGGGAGGGGACCCCGCUGCGCAUGCUGCAGCCCAGGAGCAUGCCUGGGGAGAGAUCCAGAAAUUCUUCAGGCAACACCUCACUCAAACCAGAAGUGAGCUCUGAGAAAGCGAUGAGGCUGAGAUGGAGGAGAAUGAGGCAGGGAUGUGGUGAGGAGAGGGGCCCUCCUGAUUUCUCUAUAUUCACAAUCAUCUUGAAUGAACUGCAAGAAAACGGGACGAAAUCAAAGGACCAGGGCAUAGGUGCCUCUGAAGUAUUUAUGACAAAUUUGUAUGUGCUUUGAAUUUUUGUAAAUUGAAUAUUAGUUUAUAUGCACCAGGAAAUGUUGCUAUUUCAAUGCAAACUGAAUCUUUUGUACCCCUGUUAGGGAUAUCCUGGGUCCAGGUAUUGCCAGCACCUGAACUCUCCUAUCAAACUUAGCAUCUCUAAAAAUGGUCAAUUUGAUGUUAUGUGCAUCAUGAUGAGAUGUAAGGUAGAGUGCCCAGAACUACCUCUAACAACACUGUUGAAUUUGAACUUAAUCAAGCCUGUAGAUCAAAUGUCUAAUUACUGUGGUGGCUAGAGAACAAAUUCAAUGGCACUUACAAAAAGACAGUCAAACAAAUCCAGAUUGUGGGUCAUUCCAUGACGUGGUCUCUUUACAAGUUGAUUACCAACUGACCUGGUUUCUUCACAACUUGGUUGCAUGAAAAAUUUGCAAUGGAGGGAUCAGAGUGUCAUCUGAACUCUUCAUAUAGAACUUGAUGUUAACAAUUAUUUUCCCUCAGUGCUCUGGUCUUUAUUUUGGCAAGUGUAAUGCUUGCUAUAGAUUUCCAGUUGAUACUUUAAUUUUUUUUUUUUAGAAUAGGAUGCUUCUUUUUAUUCCCAAAAUAUAUUUCUUAUUAGAAUUUCAAUCAGGAAUGGGAUUGAAUUUAAUCAAGUGCCUUUGUUGUUUCUUUACAUGCUAUCUCCUUUUCCUCUUAGUUUGACUCAGCAAAUACUUGUCUAUUCUAGUGAUCUUUUCUAAGGAUAGC